GAGACCUAUGCUGGAGGCCCGAUAACGGUAGCUGCAGGGUACGGAUUGCACUUCAGAUUGCAAAUCUGCUGUAAUCUUCACCUCUUCCCCAUUUGCCCCCCUUUCUCAUCUUCUUUCUCUCUCAAAUGCUUACCAUGCCAGCUAUAAGAAACCAAACGGUGAUCAGCCAUUGGCACCACUUGAGUCAUCGAGUAAUCCCUCCGAUAGUCUUCUCGAAAUACCCAUUUGUUGUUGAGGUCUUGCUGUCAUGGCUUCGUUGUCUGGAAGUUUGAAUUCUGUUGCCAGCCUUUGUAAUGGAAGAGACACAUGGAGUAUUGGGUUGAGAUCCCCCAGGGAAGUGAAGGAAGUGAUGGUUCCUGAAGCCUGUCCCAUGGGAGAGAUACAUGGAGGAUUCAGGUUGAUACGUUUGCAGCAGCUCAAAGGGAUAAUAUGUUUGCAGCAGCUGAAAAGGAGAAGUUUAAGCCUCACUGUGUCACUCUUGCCCCAGAGCUCCGUCAUUGCAGUCGUGCUUAGGGAAGUGAAUAAGAUGUUCCAGACACAGAACAAGUUAAACAAUUUACCAAGCAAAGGGCCAGAGGAUUGAGACAACAAUCAGGAAAUCAUUAAUCUCCGGCAAUCAUUUUCAUAUAUGGAUGGUGGAAAGCAUGAAAAAAAGCAUCUUUGAGUGGGCACCAAGCGGAAGUUGUUUAUGUGUUGGAUUGAUGUAAGGUACGAGAAAGAAACAUAGGGGGUAGAGGCAGCAGUGGAACUGGGUUUGUGAUUGAAGGUCCUUUGUGCUCCACUCAAUAGGUUACAAAGAUAGGUUGGAACUAAUGUAUGUGUCCUUAAUAGUAUACAUGUAUUGUCCUAUGCGCUUUAAGUAACACUUGAAGUCCUGAACCAAAACCCCACUACUUUUAUAUCACACCAGACAUCUACUGUAUGGUGUUAAUUAAAUUUACCAUGUUUGAGUGUGUA